AUGAGCGACAGUGUGACGCCAACGGCGGCACCCGAUGCCGGCAAGGCUGUUAUCAAGAAUGCUGACAUGGACCAAGAAAUGCAGCAGGAGAUAGUUGAGAUGGCAGCAGAUGCCAUGAUGCGCUUCGAACUCGAGAAGGAUAUGGCCGCCCAUAUGAAGCGCACUGCCGACAAAAAGUUCGGUACAACUUGGCACGUUAUUGUCGGUCGCAGCUUCGGGAGCUUUGUGACACACGAGUCUAAGUACUUUCUUUACUUUUGUAUGUUUAUGCCUGCUCAUCUAGAUCUCGGCCCCAUGGCCUUCCUUGUAUGGCGAGCCUAA